CCGACCCUCCGUCUCUCCCGUGCCACCCGAACCACACGUACGCAGCACGCAUCCGCCAUAGCCACUGCUCCUCUCCUAGCUAGCUUGCUCGUUCCCCGGCGCCGGCGGCGAAGGAAGGCAGGCAGACGAGAUGGCCAAGUACGUGGAGAUGCUGGACAUGGGCGUGCGCAUCGCGGCCAGGUUCCACUCCCACUGCCCGCAGACGGCGCGCAUGUACUACAAGCCGCCGCACUCCGCCUCCACGUCGGGCGCCGCCGAGGGCACCACGACGGAUCGGAUGAAGGCGGCCGGCGGCUUUGACGGCGAGGGCGACGCGGCUGCUGGCUUCCGGCCCUUCGCCGCGGCGGGAGCUCUCGGCGCCGGCGUCCAGCCCCGGUUCGGCUUCGACACCGCGCAGGUCGUCAUCUACGAGGUCGUGUGACUUGAGGGGCUUGAAAUGAACAACGGCGACGAGUUCUUCGGGGGAGCUAGAGAUCUCUUGGAUGAGAACAUAUUUUUUUGCGGCCGAUGAGUUGAUUGAUUGUACUACUGCUUGUGUAUAACAUCAUUCUUUUAGUUAGUUUGGGUCCUUGCUGGAAUUGAUCAAAGACUGAAUUUUCUCGUUCUUGCUUA